AAAGAUGGCUGCUUCGGCGGCAACAGCGAGUUCUCCCCCUGGUUUGUGUCCAAAUUACGCCGUUAUAUGCUCCUUCCUGGAACGCUACGGAGCACUGCUGGACUUGCCAGAGCUCACCUUCCCACAGUUGGAGAGGUACCUGCGGGACACAUCCUCAGUUCCAAAGCUUCUGGUUGAUCUUCAUGUCAAGUUGCUGAGGAAGAUUGGAAAGUCCGUGUCAGCGGACAGAUGGGAGAAGUAUCUAGUCAAGAUAUGCCAAGAUUUCAACACAACAUGGGCAUGGGAGCUGGAGGAAAAGGGAUACAAGGGUAUGACGUUGGAGAGCAAGACAGCGAUUCUCAAAUAUCUGUGCGAGUGUCAGUUUGAUGACAACCUCAAGUUCAAAAAUGCCAUCAAUGAGGAGGACCCAGACAAAAUGCGGCUGCAGCCCAUCGGCCGCGACAAGGACGGCCAGAUGUACUGGUUCCAGCUGGACCAGGACAACAACGUCCGCCUCUAUGUGGAGGAGCAGGACGACCUGGACGGCUCUUCAUGGAAGUGUAUCGUCAGAGAUCGUAACGACCUAGCACAGGUCUUGGUUCUGCUCAAGACACAUAUUGAUCCUGAGCUCCUGCAGAAAGAUGCCAAAAAUGAAGAGGAAAAAGGAGGCGAAGUAAAAAAAGACGAGAGCUCAUCAGAUGAGGACAGCAAAGACUCCACCAAGGUGGCCUUACCUGUUUCACCGAAGACAGAGAGCAAUCGAAAAGUUGAACACCAUGAUGACGUCAAAUUGGAAACAUCCGAGGUCAAAUCGACUUUGAACGGCAUCGUUGAGGCUGCAACGGAAAAGCCAGUUGAUGAAAGUGUAGCCACAAAAGUCCAGAGCAUCAAAGAAGAGCCGACGGAUGAUGUGAAGUUGGCAGGCGGGGACCCGACUCUCCCAAAAGUUGAUCCUGAGUGUGCAAAGGCUGAGGCAGGUGAGGAGGCCAAGAGAAGCAACUCGGACGAGAUCCAGCAGAUCAAGAACAAGCAGCAGGCCAAGAUCCCCUUGAAGAAAAGAGGGAUGAAGUUCAGCGAGGACUUUGACAAAAACAUUGUGCAGAAUCUGCCUGUUUCCAAACCCGACACCCCUUCCAAGCAAGGCGGCAACGACCACAUCAACGGCGAAGUUCAGCCGACACCAGAGACGCAACUCCAGAUGCGUUUGAGCGAGAACUUGAGUGACAGCAACCAGGAAAAACACAAAGCUUCUCCAAAAGAAGAUGUGCUGAAAGAUGCCAUGAAGGAACCUCGCUGUCCUGUGAAGAUCACACCACCACCGUUGCCACUAUCGGACCAGAAAGAACCAAGUGUGCUGGUCGGAACAGAAAAGAGUGCCACAAUGGAGAAGGAGGAAGCUCCUCCAGAGUCUUUGACUAAUGAGGACAAGAGGUCAUCCAAUCAGGAACAGGAUCGAACUCUAGCAGAAGCCAAGCCAGCAGGUGACCAGAUGCACACGUCAAAAAAUGCUAAAGACAAUUCAAAUCAUAAAGUCAAAGACAUAGAGUCCGAAAAACUAGACUGCGGGAACUCGACGGCUGCUGAAGAAACGAAGGACCCCGAGAUGACACAAAGUAUAGCAGACGUCAAGCAAACAGAAACGAGCAUGAUAGAAAAAGACUCAAGCGAGAGUGAAGCAGGAAAGUUGGAUAACUCUAUCAAGAAAACUUCUCCUGCAGGACCUCACGAGAAGGUGCUGCCGACAUCCAUCGUCAAGAAGGAAGACCAGCAAAAGGACGACGCAGGGAGCCGAGAGGUAGCACUGAGCUCCAGCGUCAUUAAAAAGGCAGAGACACCUGAAAGCGUGAAAUCAGAGAAAUCAUCCUGUAAUAAAGAAUGCUUUGAGGCAUCUGUUAUUACAAAGCUGGGCGCAGAAUUGUGUCCAUCGGCUAAGAAAGAGGAGACCCCAAAAAAGCCUCAAGCCAGCGAGGACAGCAAGACAUCUGAAUCAUCUGAAGAAGCAAACACUGUAGAUCUUUACACGGCAAAACUGCAACAGGACCAUUGUCCCAAAACGACAGAGGAGGCUUCUGAACAUAAAGAAAGAAUAUCCAGCACUGCUGACAAAACCGCCACCCCUCUAGAAUCUGAUGCAAAGUCCAAACAGGAACAGGAACAGGCAGCUGGGGAACAGCCUGAAAGAAUGGAGGAGGAGCUUGCAUCAGAAGUCCACAAGGAUGAAAAUGAGAAGGAUUCCAAAAGCGAUAAAUCAACGGAGAAAGAUGCACCUGAAGAACCUGAAGUGACGAAAUCCACUGACCAACCGUCUGAGCCGCAGCGAUCUGAGGACACGAGUGAGAGCAAAGAACCCACCGCCAGCGAGCCAACAGACAAGGCUGCCAAAAGCAAAAGCGGAGAAGACGAGUCCAAGAAAGAGGCGACGGAAAACUGCAGCGAAGGUCUGCCAGACAUGAAGGAGAAGGCCGUCUGCCGGAAAGGCAGAAUUCCCGCUCACCUCCGCAAGGCCAAACUCCAGCAGGAGGAGAGGAGGGGCGACUCGGAGUCUGACACCAACACUGGCGGGAGGUCGCUGCGACGAUCGCCGAGGAUCUCCAGACCCACGCUAAAGGCGGUGGAGAUCCAGGACAAGAAGGCGGAGAAGUGCCAGGCCACCCGGGAAAAAGAUGAGGAAGAAGAAAACAAGGAAGAAGAAGAGGAGGAGGAGCAGGAGGUGAAGGUUGUUCAAAAGAAGCCCAGAGAGAUAAAGUUGGCUCAGGAGGGUCAAUCCAAACCAAAGGGGCGAAAACGCCGGAAGACACGCUGGUCCAACACGCGCACCCGCCACAAAAGGAAAGGCUCCGAUGAUGAAGACGACAACAGCGAUGAGGAGUCCAGUGAAUAUGAGGAAAGCGAAGAGGACGAAGACGACAGCGACGAGGACUACAAGGUGGAGCGGGGCCGGAAGCGCCGCCGCCGCCACAACCGACAGCGACGAAGCUCAGACUCCUCCACGUCCUCGGACGACGAUGACCUGCCGCCCAACGAUGACCCGUGCAAACACUGUGGUCUUCCCAAUCACCCGGAGCUGAUCUUAUUGUGCGAUUCGUGCGACAGCGGCUACCACACGGCCUGUCUGAGACCGCCACUCAUGAUCAUCCCCGACGGUGAAUGGUUCUGCCCGCCCUGCCAGCAUAAAAAGCUCUGUGAUAAACUAGAAGAGCAGCUGCUAAACCUUGACGCCGCCUUGAAGAAGAAAGAGCGGGCAGAGAGAAGGAAAGAGCGUCUCAUUUAUGUCGGAAUCAGUCUGGAAAACAUCAUCACACCUACGGUGGAGGAGGAGAAGCCAGAGGUGAUUGUCAAAGAGAAGAAGGACUCCAAGCGAUGCAAGAACUGGGGUCGAAGGUCAACAAGAGCCAAGAAGUCCAUCAGCUACAGAUUCGACGAGUUUGACGAGGCCAUUGAGGAGGCCAUUGAGGAAGACAUCAAAGAAGCCGAAGGAGGAGGAGCCGGCCGUGGAAAAGACAUGGCCAACAUCACAGGACACCGAGGCAAGGACAUGUCCACCAUCCUCCAGUCGGAAGAGGGCAAGGAGAACGGCCGACCAAUGCACCCCAGCGCCGGGCAGCGCAAGAAAAAACGGCGGCGUCUCAACGACCUGGACAGCGACAGCACGGUGGACGAGGAGGAAAGCGAAGACGAGUUUUGUCUCAGCGAAAGCUCCGAGGAGGACUUUGUGGUCUCCGAGAACGAGGCAGAAGCAGAGACUGACGCAGACUCCAACAGCAGCGACAGCAAUAUCAGCGGCAAGCGUCGCGCGGCCAGCUUACACAGCCGGAAUCUGCUCCAGCGACGACGAAGCUCCAGAAAGCGGCGGCGACCCAAAGGCUACUCUGAUGACGAGGAAGUGGAAACGGACGAGGAUGUUGAGGAAGAGGAAAUAGCGACGGAAGGCUCCAGCGAGUACAGCGACAGCGAUCUGGACAUGAGUCGGCGGCGGUCGCGGCGCAGCCACAAGGCGCAGGUGAAUUAUGCAGAGACGUCAGAAUCCGAAGGCUCUCAGGCCGAAACCAACCGGGACAAAAUUAAACCGAGACGGCGCCUGGACAGCUCGGACAGUGACGCGAGCUUCUCCCGAGACUCUGAGGAGGGCUCCAGGGAUCAGAGGAUGAAGAGGAGAGGCGACUCCUCGGAAGAAGAGUCCCAGCAGCGACGCCGGCGCCUCGCCCUCAAGCGCAGGAGAGCUUCAGAAGAGGAGGACUCGGACAGCGACUCUGACGAAUCGUCUGAGGAGGACCGGCCCGUCCGUAAGAGGGUAAACCGUAUCGAUUCGGAUGACGAGGACGACAAAGAGCAAGAAGACGAGAAACCGAAAGAGAAGAAAGCAGCCGAGGACGGCGGUGGUGGCAGUGUGACGGCGAAGGGAACGAACUCAUCGGUCUGCAACACGGCCGAGCCGUCACUCCCAUCUCCGCUGCCACCACCCUCCAACGGACAGACCAAGAACGUGGAGGGCGUGAUCAGCCGAAAUGGAGUGGGCGGCCAGCAAGGGGCGGCACAAGAGGAGGACGAAGACGACCUCUUGGGGGUCACAGACCUCGUGGACUACGUCUGCAAUAACGAAGACUUGUAAAAAAAAAAAAAAAAAAAUGACAAGAUGGUGUACUAUUUCUUCUUAUUUUUUGUGGUAUUGUAUUUUUAUAUUCAUUAACUUUAUUAUUAAUUAUUAUUAUUGUUGUUGUUGUUAUAAUAAAUACUGCCUCUUUCUCUGCAACAACUCCCUGUUUGAACAUAGCCGGAUUGUCUCUUUUCACGCAGAGACCCAGAGAAUACAGAGCCGGCAUUCAUCCCCUUUUUACACAGCCCCCAGCAAUGCAGGAUAUUGCUUUCACACAGCAACACGGCAUCCCGCCACCCUGCCCCCCAGAAUCAUUCCUGCUUUUCCCCUAUUCCCUUUCACACAGGCAGCAUUUUUGGACGCAUUCAGUGUGAAAGGUUUCUUUACCUCCGUCGUCCCACGUGUCCUUAUGUCAUGUCCCCAAUAUCCUCCCCGUUCACACGGCAGGGCAACUAAAUAUUUCUGCUUUGAGUGAAGUGGAUCAUUCCAGGUUAGAAGUGGUGUAAAAAUACACUAGUCCCCCUUUUUCCUGUACCAAACGUUGCUGUCAUGUGUCCUCCCUUCCAUCCUGUGUGAAAUGAUUUUGUAUAUUGUACACAUUUGAACUGCCAUCUGUGUCCUGUGUUGUUUUUACAUUACAAAAGGGAGCAAAGACACUCCCCAGUAACGCUACAGUGUCUAGCCUGGACUUUUUAUACACACAAUAUAUAUAUAUAUCUAUACAUAUAUAUAUAUAUAUAUAUAAUGUAUUUUUUUUGCAUAUCUAAACGUUGAUUGGAUGUGGUGUCGCUACGCAAACGUGUAAAGAGUGUUAUUUUCUUUGUACAUUCACAGCAGAAAGGGUCACAGUUUUUAUGAACUUUUUUUUUAUUAUUCUUUCCUUCUGGGUCUUCCCAUGCACACUAGAUAAUUUUCUAAAGUCUUGAAUUAAAAAUAUAGUUUGUGUGUAGUUAUUUGUAAUGUAUCUAUGGAGGCAUUUUUAACCAUGAGGCAAUUCUUCCUAUGGGAUUGCAUGGGUUCCUUUCUGUUUUUUUCCCCUAGGAACUCUAGGUACUCUUGAAUUUUCGUACAAAAAAAACAGAACAUGUUAGCAUGUGACCUGCUGUCUAAUUAUUAGACAAUAAAAUCAAAACUGGGGAAAACGGGUGGAAUUGGACCACAGAAGCUUGUUUGUAUUUAUCCUGUCAGGCUGGCCAAAAACAGACUAAAUUGGGGAGGGAAAAAAAUUCUGUUGAAUUUUAGUGGACAUUAGUGUGACUUGUUGUAAGAGCUGCAUGGGAAUAAGAGUAUCUGGUGCCAAUGAGCGGAAUAUUACGUCCACCCUUUGACCUCAUUGGGAAUUUGGGAGAAACAGCGGGUGGAAACGCCCCCCUCUUCUAUUCCCAUCCCCCACCCCCUGUAUACAGAACCUAGUCAACCGCUCCUGACCCCUUGAUUGGUUAACUGUUACAGUAUUUCUUAUGAUCUUGUACAUUUGUCAUAAUAAAAGUGCUUGUAAGCCUCAGACAAACACGUUUAAGGUUAUGUUUCGCUCACUUUGUCUCUCCCGCAAUCUCGCUUUACCCUUGAGUAAAAAUGUAACACUGUACUGUAUACCUUUUUGUCACUUUCCACCAGUAUUCUCCUGAAAAGAAGCCUAUGCAUUUGUGUCCUCUGUAGCAGACAUUUGUUUUUGGGAUAGACAUUUGUUUUGGGGCUAUAUCUUUUGUCAGCGUUAAAAAGUUUGGAAAGUAACAGACUUCAACUGUAAUGGACAUGAAGACCAUUGAGGUUAGCUAAUAGCAAACUGGCCUGCGAGUUUGUGGUACACGGUCAUACUGUAUAUCGGCCCCAAAACAAUUUAUGAAUGAAUAAAAUGAAUGAAUAAA